AGAUCCUUCCAAGAAUAAAUAUAGCAACGUCCCAGCUGCCUGUUCCGCUCGGUAAAUGUCUAUUGUACACCGAGAUGGAGUUUAAGUGUCACAGUGGACGGACGCGCGAGGUGAUCGUGCGCUCUAGCGGCACCCGCCAACAUGACGCUGGUUUACUUCGACUGGCUGGACUACCUCGUGUUCGGGGCCAUGCUGCUCCUCUCCGCCCUCAUCGGCGUGUACUUCGCUUUCUUCGCUGCCAAGAAACAGAACACCACCGCUGAGUACCUCAUGGGAGGAAAGACCAUGGGAAUGUUCCCCAUUUCCAUGUCUUUAAUAGCCAGUUACAUUUCCGGUAUAUCAUUACUGGGGCUUCCUGCCGAGAUGUACACGUACGGAACUCAGCUGUGGACUAUCGUGUUGUCCGAGUGGGCGGUUUCACUUACUAUCGCUAUUGUUUACCUGCCCGUAUUCUACAAUUUACAAAUAACUUCCACGUAUGAGUAUUUACGGUUAAGGUUUAAUCAAAACGUCCGAUUAUUAGGAUCUGCAAUAUUUAUAAUCAAAAUGAUGCUUUACAUACCGAUUGUGAUCUACGUGCCAGCUUUAGCAUUUAGUCAAGUGACUGGUAUCAAUUUGCAUUUGAUUACCCCAAUCGUGUGUGUGGUUUGCAUAUUCUACACGACUCUGGGAGGACUGAAGGCUGUCGUGUGGACGGACACGUUGCAAACCAUACUUAUGUAUUUUGGUGUCAUUUUUGUUCUGGCUUAUGGAACAUGGCGUCUUGGUGGUAUAAAUGAGGUUUUUAGAAUAAAUAAAGAAGGCGAUAGAUUAGACUUUUUCAAUAUGGAUCCAGAUCCAACUAUACGGCACACAUUUUGGUCGACAGUUUUUGGAAACUACUUUAGUUGGCUUGCGUCUUGUUCUGUCAAUCAAGCUAUGGUACAACGGUGUCUUGCUUUAUCGUCUUUGAAAAGAGCUCGAAUAACUAUCUUCAUAAUGGCAGCUGGGAUUUUUAUCAUCGUGUCCCUGUGCUGCUACACAGGGUUGGUUAUUUACGCGACAUUCGCGAGCUGCGACCCGCUGUCCACCGGGGCAAUACGGAAGAGCGAUCAGUUGUUGCCAUACUUCGUGAUGACUAUAACUGGAUCGAUUCCGGCUCUGCCAGGUAUCUUCAUGAGUGGCGUGUUUAGCGCCGCAUUGAGCUCCAUGUCAACCGGCCUAAACUCUAUGUGUGGAGUAAUCUUUGAGGAUCUCAUCAGACCAGCUUACAACAAACCUAUUUCCGAAAAAACAGCCAGUUUUAUUAUGAAAAUUAUAGUUGUUAUUAUAGGGGCGGCAUGUGUAGCUCUAGUGUUCCUUGUGGAGCACAUGGGAGCCCUAAUUCAAGCUGGCAAAAGCUUGGCGGGAAUCACCGCUGGCAGUUUACUAGGAUUGUUUUCCAUGGGUCUAUUUUUACCUUGGAUUAACGCCACAGGCGCCUUAGUAGGUGGCGCUACGUCUACUCUGCUGGUAGGCUGGAUAUCCUUGGGCACACAAGCAGCGAUGAUAAGAGGGGACAUCAUUAUCGUCCCUAAGCCUGUGUCUGUCGCUGGUUGUCCCGCAAACUUCACAGCAGCUACUACCACGCCUACCUCUUACAACGCCGUUGAGUUUGAUCGAUCUGGGAUAUUCUUCCUGUACAGACUGAGCUACUUAUAUUACACAUUUGUGGGAAUGGUCGUGUGUAUCAUCGUCGGAUCUAUAGUCUCAUACUUCACUCAACCUAACGAACCAGCUAUGGUUCACCGGGACCUGCUGACACCGCUGAUCCACCGCUGGCUGCCGGAGCAGAACCCACACUGCCGCCGCCCGCGCCUCACGCAGCACAACAUCGAGAUACACGCGCGUGAGCUCGAGAACCUGCGCGCGCGCACCGCUAACUCCGUCAACCACUACCAGCCAUCCAGUUAAACAAAAUAUUAAUACGACACAAAAAUAAUAAACAUUUUCCUAAUUUUA